CGCAACCGGCUUCUAAUUGGUGAAGCUAAUGUAUGUAUGUUAAGUGUGCGAAAACAAAAACUCUCUGGACCUAACCAGUGACCAGCUUUUUAUAACACGAAAACUACCUGUUGUGUGGAGUUCAAUGAAAAGUGAAAGGGUGUGGCUAUAAUUCGUGGAUUAAUCAAUGUGUUCUGCCAGCUUCGCUGAUGAAUCGGAUUGAACAAAGUGAUGCUCAAGCUUAGCAAACCAGUGGCCCGUUUAGGUUUAGCGCUUGUUCGAUGUUGAAUGCAUCGCGCUUGCCGCAAUUGAGGAAGCGGUGCAUUCGGAAAAUCAAUAUUGACGGAUUAGUGCACGAGCUGGCAACAAUUGUGCUGGCAUAAGUACGGGCUUACGGUAAACAUACUUGGCAUACGGGAGCCCUCGGUUUAGUUUAGCUUUGCCGUUAACCGUACUGUGCAAAUAUCUCUGCUUAGCGUAAUACUCGUUUGGUGGAAUUUCUGGUACAAUAGACUGAAACUUGCGAGCGCACAUAAAAAAUAAAGCAGUGACAUAAUAAUCGCAUCGAUUUUGACCGUCCGUGCUCGGAGGCUACCAAGGUACGCUUCCAAUCAGAUCUUACUCCGUCGGGCUGGACUACGGCAUCGAAAACGUGGCUGCGAGCUGCAUGCCUUGCAGCGGACGAACGACUUCAGCUAGAAAAUUACUUCCAUCGAAGCGUGUAAACAGCUUGGUUUGGGCAUGAACUAUAGGCUGACGGGUACGAUACUCCACAACUUGAUGUAUGAUGAUAGAGCCAUAGAUAGUAGUGCUGCGCCGAAGAAAGGAGGAAAAUUCGUUACAUAGUUCAACAAAAAAAUUAAAAAUGAAGAGAAUGUUUUGAACAAAACAAAUCACGAAAGAGUCUCGAUGUCUGGUGCGUUUAAUAUGAGUUACUAGUUCCACAUGUGGAACCAGGCGGUGCAGAACCCGGCAUAAUUUUCAGAUAAUUGGAUGAACACGAUGGAAGUGAUUAUUUGAGAGGUGGUAAAUUGAAAUUAACGGCCAAUAAGAAUCAGUGAUGAGUCUUGCCAGAAUCUAAAAAAAACUUUCUGCGAAACUUUGUUCCGUUUGUUAUCCACUGGCGUUAAGUACCUGACAGGGAACGGUUGAAACUUGAUAUCGCUGUUAUAUAAUCUAGUAAAGAUGGGUAACGCGAUAAGCAGUGCUAAUGAAUCGACAUUACCUCGCAGACAGCAGCACCAGCAGCAACAGCAGUGUUAUGAAAAUUGCAAUGGAAAACGGUGCUGGUAUGAGCAGAGUGGUACCAGUACGACCUCCAGAAGUAAUAAUCGUCAAAGUCAGCAACAGCAGCAGCAGCAGCAACAGCAGCAAAACCCGGAAAGCUCUCGAAUGCUGUUUCUGCUGUACUUGAUACAUCGGACUUGGAAUGUUGUGGUGGACACCGUGGAUCAAAAGGGAAGAAAAUCACGUGCCGCCACAUCGGAAGACUCCGGUGCACCCAGAAGCAAUUACGAUGAUGCCUUUGAUACGGACGUCAACUUUACUGACUUGGACGACGACUCCAGUCUGUAUGGGUCGCAGUACUCGUACUGCAACUGCAGCUACUGCGAAGAGGAAGCCGACCGCAACCAUUUCGACAACGCCCGAGGAAACCGGUUUUCCUUCUGCGAUAGUGACAUUUCGUACUGCUCCUACCAGAUGGCACCCAGUACCGGGAAAAAUCCCCCAACGGGGAACCAGAUAGGACCACCGGAUGUGAACGAGAUGACGUUAGGUUGGAACUCCAAUAUCAAGCAGGAAAAUCAGCGCCCUCCCGUGUUUAACCCAGAGGACUACGUGAUCUCGUUGAAAAAAUACGGUCGCAGAGGUACCAAUGGCAACUUCAAAUCCAUAUAUGACACAUCGCCCGGCGAGGAGCCCAAAUCCAGCAGCGACAAACAACAGCAACUUAUUGACGCCAGUCGGUCUCACACGUUGCCACACAAAAACUCCGAAUAUCGAUCACCGAUUCCGGCUCCGCCAGAGAUGGACAGCGAGAUGACGCUCCGCCAGUUUGGCUCCGUGACCGACUUGCUGACCAAAUUGAGAGCGGAUCUGCGGGCCUCAUUCCCGAGCUUCGUUCAAGAGUUCGUCUCCUGCCCGCUGGAUGGCGUGAGUCUGCUGUUGGAAGUUUUGCGUGCUGUCCAGCUUAGCCAAAGUAUGCCGAUGAAUGGAACCACCACAAUGCCGGCUCCGGGGGCGAUGCCACGAACCAAUCAAUCCUAUCAGCGACGGGCUCUACUGGAUGAACUGGCGUGUUUGCAAUGUUUAAGCAUUUGUUGCACGAGAAGUCCGGAAGCAGGAGCACGACUAGGUACGACAGCAAUUGGACUUCUGCCGCUGGCAGCAGCAGCCACGGGUACCGGCAUUCGGUCUAGAAUAGUGGCCUUACAACUGUUGACCAUAGCUUGCGAUAAAUCAGCGUUUGGAGAUGGAACUCAGCGUAGUCAACAGCAAGGUCACACUGCUGUAUCGGAAGCCUUGUCUACGCUUCGUCUAAGAUGUGCUGAACCGGUUCGAUUUCGGCUGCUCGUUGGGAUGCUGAACAGUGGCGGAGGGUCCGGAGAAUUACAAGCUGUUGGAAUGAAAUUUGUUAAUACGUUUUUAGAAAGUGCAGAAAACGUUCAGGUGCGACUGUACCUUCAGGCUGAACUUUUUCAGGCUGGAUUGGAUCCAGCACAGAUGUGUAAAAUAAUUUCUUCGACGUCUCCUUGGCUGGAACGUCUCCGGACUGAGGUCAAACGAUGGGACGCUAUACGAAUAGACAUUGAACAGUUGCAGUGUCAGGCACGAUCCGCAGAACAAGUGCGCAGUCGCUUAGUAAUACUAGAACGUCGAGUACAAAUUUUGCACGAAGAAAAAACUGUUCUAACAACAAUGGAGAGAAGACUGCAGGAGCGUUGCGCCGAAUUGCAACGAGAAGUACUUAGACUUAAAGGUAAUCAAAGCCAUGAAGCUUCGAACAACCUAGAGAAGAGGCCAGUGGCUUUACCGAGACAGGUUCCACCGCAGCCCAAGAGGAAUACCUCCGAAAAUGACGACGAAGGUAUCAGCAGCUCAGAAACUGGGCAGUCAUCCACACCCGAACCACCUCGGGUAUUUCCAACCAAGGAAGGUUCCGGUUCGAAUUCACAUAAAUUCAGCAUCUCAUUAAAUCAGGACAAUGCUUGUCCGAACAACGAUAUCAACAAUAACGAUGACGAUACAAACGCAACCAUUGAGGACGUCAUCGAGGAACUGCAAAAUAUUGUCAACGACGCCGAGCGAGAAAUUUCCGAUCAAAACGAAGUUCUGUACCAUCAGAUGAACAACCUGGCUGACAAGAAUAUGUACAGCUUGGAAAUAAACACUGAACAUGAAAUUGUACCUGUAAACCUGCUACCUCAUCCGCCCCGCAAGUCCCGUUCCUUGGCACAUCUCAUUUCAACCCCGUCGGAUGGAGAAGGAUCGGCAUACGAUCUACUGCUGGGCAACAACGACACCAAAAUCGAUUUCUUCGAAGACGAAGCCCAGGAUAAAACACCUAACAAAUCAUUCAUGGAUAGCAACUUCUAUAAUGAUGAGACAACACCCGAUACGGUCCGUCCGGAUGUCAUUCACACGGCAGCCGAAUCGCAGGCUCAUCAGAGAAGUCGUGCAUCGACCAAAGAUUCCAACAGAGCCAUACUGAACGUAAUCAUGGAUGCCCGUGACAAGGAGUCCCGAAUGGUGCGUGCUCAAUCUUUGGAACGGGAAGUCUCCCAGCCACUUCCUGCGCAGCAAUUCAACGGAGUGUUUUUCAUGACCGACAUGAAUAGUGCCGGAAAAUAUCCCAAGCCAGACAUCACCGCUGCGCUGGAAGCGAAGAAAGUGACCAAGAAUCUCGACCGUCUGGGAGCUUACGGUGUGGAUUCUAUGAUUGACAUCGUCAUGACCAGCGAGCAGCGUCAGGCAGCCAGCAAAGCCGGCCAGGGCUUCCAGAAGACUCGCUCCAAUAAUCAACAUGCGAACGGUGGUGGAGCAAUGACUAACGCUACAGUCAAUGGUAAAAACGCCAACGCAAACAAUAAUUUCAAACUACGCUCCCAAAUGCACUUCUCCGGAAACGGGACCUUGCUCCGGGAAAACAGCCGCAGUCAGACGAAUCUAGGCUCGAAGGUGACGGAUCUUCCCUCAGGUCUAUAUUAGAGUUUCGCUCUUGGUCUUGGAGCGAAACAUUUCGCAAAAGUAAAAUACAAAGUUUUUAACUACUUCUGUGCAAUAUUUAUUCUUUUAACGUUAAGCGUCUUUUUAAAUAAAACAAUAAAAAAAGGUCUCAACUUCAGUGAGAUACUUUCCAAUUUCAAGUGCACCGCUCGAUUUGUAUAUAGUCGCUCACAGGUAAACUCUAGCCAGUAAGUUGUGGUGAUGGUACAACACAGUCUAUCUUCGUAGAGAAAGGACUCUCUUUCGUUUUGGUCGAGCUGCGUCCAAUGUUCAUGACAGUUUAGACAAUCAUUACGGUUUUAAGAUAUAUGUUUGUGUAAUUUUUAUUAGCACAGAUGAGAGA